CUGGGGAUCCGCAUCUCGCACUUCCGCGAGGAGAAGGCCAGCCAGCGCUCCAUCUCCUCCUUCUUCAAGGCCGGCUCUCCACCACCAAGUACAACUACUUCUACUACCUCCACCACUACCUCCUCUUCCUCCUCUUCAACACUUCUCCUAUCUCCUUCUCGAUCGCCCUUUAAAAUUCCUUCGGCUUCGUCUUCGGCAUCGUCGACACCGACACCGGCCUCGGCACCUUCACCUUCACCUGCACCGGCAUCGACAUCGACAUCGGCACCGGCACCGGCUCCAGCUUCAACUUCGGCUUCGUCGUCAUUACCAACAUCGACCUCGACCUCCACUUCGUCAAGCCCGGUCCGACGCGCCCUCUUCUUCGCGGCAGUUCUGCCGCCAUCACCGGGCGGUGCGCCGCCAGUGGAACGAAAGCGAAGCCUGAGCGGAUCCACCUGCCCGGGCGUCUCAAGAGAAGCCGAAGAUGAAGUGGAACCGCUGCACAAGCGAGGGAAGCCUGAUGAAGGCGACGGCGUUGAUCGGACGAUGACGACUACGCCACCACGGAAGACGCCACCAAAGUCGCCAAAGAAGGUGACAACGCCGACGAGGAGCGCCAACAAGACGUCGGGGACGAAGCAGAGCUCGGAGAAGCGAAAGAGCGAAGGGACGAAGCGGCGGAAGUCGCUCGACAGCGCGCAGCGGAAGCUCACCUCCUUCUUCGCACAGCCACCACCUCCGCCCACUGCUACACCGCACACGCACACAGAACACGAGGCGCCACGAAACGUAUUCAAGGAAUGCCACGCAGGAAAUGGAGAAGGAAAAGAAUAA